AUGUCAACUUCCCUGGUUCUCUGGGGUGCCCGCUCCUCUGAGCAGCUGCGUAGAGAAUUCCCCACAUAUCCAAAGCUGCUGGGGGAGCUGGGGGAGGGGAGGGACUUUGUUGCCAGGUCGGGGUCCUCCUCGCCUCUCUCGGAAGUUGAUCUGCCAGCGUCCUGCCGUCUCAUCCUUUGGGACUGCUCCUUGCUGAUACCUCCUUUCCGUGUGAACUGUCCGAGGCACGUGACGACCUUGAACCAGAACGGCCAGGGUGCACUUUACUUUCCUUGGAAGGAAGUAGCUUCUGGCCAGGAUUUCUGCUCAGGCUCUAGUCCCCGGCAGUGUGACUGUUUACACGGUUUGGCAAUAGGUUCGGUUCUGAUUGCUUCAGAGUGGCUGGUCUAUUUAGUUUCCUUUGGUUUCCUUCCUCCCCAAACUGUCAGGAAAAUCAAACUGAAACCACCCUAG